UACACUUGUGUUUCAAGAAUUUCACGUAUAAUCUUAUCGAUUAUCUCAUCUUCGAUAUAUAGAUGUAACUAUUUUCUAUGUAACAAGCAACACCCCGAAGAUGCUAUUUGGGAUCAUUUCCAACCAGACACUCAACAACUACAGUACCACAGUUUUUUAGCAAUAAGUAGUAUCUGGUUGGUGGGUCUUGUCCUAACAACAAUGUCAGAAGCAGUGAAAAAUGUUGAAGCUCUGCGCUCCGUUGUGGAAGGUGCAAAUCAAUUUAGUUCUUCAUUUUUCCAGACUGUGGUACAACACAAUCCUGGCAACCUUGUAACGUCCCCUUUAAGUGCAAGUAUCGUUCUUGCUAUGACAGCUUUUGGAGCUCGUGGAAACACAGAAGCACAGUUCAGAAAUGUACUUCAUCUGCCAACUUCAGAGAGUCUUGCCACAUCUGGUUAUCAGUCACUUAUUGAUAAUCUCAACAAUGUGAAAGACAAUAAAUUGGCUGUUGCAAAUAAAGUCUUCGUAGCUGCAAGUUUAAAUUUGAAACCAAGUUACAAAAAUUUAACUGAAGUUUAUUUCCGCUCUUCUUCUCAAUUAGUAAACUUUGCUGAAAGUCAGGAAGCUGCAAAUAUUAUUAAUAGUUGGGCUGAACAAAAUACAAAUAAUCUCAUUAAAGAGCUUGUAAUUGCUGCAAUGCUAAGUGAUUUGACAAAGUUAGUACUUGUAAAUGCAGUAUAUUUUAAAGGCCAAUGGAAAGAUAAGUUCGAUCCUAAAUCGACUAGCGACAUGCCAUUUCAUACUAGUAAAGUUGAAGUAAAAAAUGUUCCUACAAUGUAUAGACGAGGUAAAUACAAAUAUGGAGAUCUUGUAGAUUUAAAUGCUAAAUUCGCUGUAAUACCAUACAAGGGUGACGAAUUGAGUAUGAUCAUAAUUCUUCCAAAUGAAAUUGAUAGUUUGUCUGAUGUUGAGAAAAAAUUGCAAAAUACAAGUUUAACGAACAUUAUAAGUCAAGGAUAUGUGCAAGAUAUGGAAUUAUGGUUACCAAAGUUCAAGGUGGAAAGUAACAUAGAUCUUAGGAAUCUCUUAAUAGAGAUGGGUUUGAGUGAUGCGUUUGCUGGUGCUGAUUUUUCUGGGAUUGCUGAUGGUGAAGGUUUAUGUAUCAGUCAUGUUAUACAAAAGGCAUACAUUGAAGUGAAUGAAGAAGGAAGUGAAGCUGUUGCUGUUACUCGUCGCGUUGUAAUCAAGAGAAAGGGUGGUUAUAUAUAUCUAAGGAAGUUCCUAAUUAAUCAGCCAUUCUUUUAUUAUAUCGUGAAAACUAUGAAUGAUGAUAAGGAAAAUGAUAUUAACCUACCAUUAUUCUGUGGUUUUGUUAGAGAACCCAAAAUCUAAGAACAGUAGUGCCAUAAUAGUAAUAUCAUAGUAAUGUAAUAAUUAAUUCUUGUGCUCCGCAAUUAUAAGCUUUUCAACAAUACCUUGUUUGACAAUAAAUGUGUUGCACUCACUU